GCAAAGGCGAAACACGAGUCCAAGUGCACCGAGUUCCGUCCGUUAAAUCGCCUCUGAACCGACUUUCAGGCUUGUUGUGAGCCCGCGCGAGCCCGCUACCGACCACCGACCGCGAACUGAACUUUUUCGAGAACCAAACUUGUCAGGCAGCGCAUCUUGCGCGCAUGCGCACCAUUCUUCUAUCCAGCUCUAAAUAAGAGUUAAAACAGAAACGAGGUUAGCUAUAUGAGCAAAGUGGGAAUGACUGACACUCCACCCAGCGAUGGACCCUCCCAGGGACCUGAGUUUGACAUGAUCGGUGCUCUGGACUGGAAGGAUGGCAUCGCUACACUCCCAGGCAGCGACAUAAAGUUCCGUAUGACAGAGUUUGGGAUUCUUGAGAUCGUAACAGACCUGGAGGUUAAAGGUCAGGGGGUUGCGUCUAACUGCGAGACCUUGAAGCCGGUUUCGUCUCACACCCCCACCCCUCCACCGGAGGGCCAGUCACAGGCGGGUGCAGCCAGUCAGAGUAAGCCAGGAUCAUCUCAAGUCAAAGAGGGACCAGGCGUUAGGGUGGAGGUUGGUCCCAGUGUCGGAGUGGGUUCCGCUGCAGACACGGGUCCAAACGGAGAACCGUCAAGCUGUCGCUCCUGCGGUGGACAUGUCCACAGGGAUGCUUUACUGCAAGGCAAAUUCUGCAGCUCUGCUUGUGCUCUGCCGUCCAGCGGCAGGUCAUCUCCAGCAGAAGCGCGGGACAGCCAGGCGGUGGAAGGACUUGGAAAGCGUGUGCGCAGAAAGAGGAAGAUCUACUUGGAUUCUGGCGACGAAGAGGAGGACCAGGAGGAGCCGGAGGAAAAAGCCAAGACCACCAAAGGCAGGAGAGGAGUGAAAAUAACCAAGCCCGUAACGGCGCCUCUCAGUAAGAAGCGGGCCUGGAGCUGGCCGGCCUACCUGGAAGAAGAGAGAGCCGUCGCUGCUCCCGUCAAACUCUUCAAAGAGCACCAGUCCUUUCCUCAGAGCAGGAACAGUUUUAAGGUCGGGAUGAAGCUGGAGGGACUGGACCCGUCCCACCCGUCUCUGUUCUGUGUGCUCACGGUGGCAGAGAUCCAAGGCUACAGAGUCAGGCUCCACUUCGACGGCUAUCCCGAGUGCUACGACUUUUGGGCCAACGCUGACUCGUGGGACCUGAAACCUGCGGGGUGGUGUGAGAAGAACGGGCACAAGUUAUUGUUACCUAAAGGCUGUAAGGAUGGAGAGUUUAACUGGAGCAUGUACGUGAAGAACUGCAGAGGUCAGCUGGCUCCAAAGCACCUUUUUAAGAGCCUGAACACGUCUGUGACUCCGUCUGGAUUCAGAGCUGGGAUGAAGCUGGAGGCAGCUGACAGGAAGAACCCUUCGAUGAUCUGCGUGGCCACGAUAGCCGCUGUUGUCGACAACCGCUUGCUGAUUCAUUUUGACAACUGGGACGACACGCACGACUACUGGUGUGACGCCAGCAGCCCUUACAUCCAUCCUGUCGGCUACUGCGAGGAAGCUGGGCUGACUUUGACAACUCCACCCGAACAAAAAGAUCCCAAAAGUUUCUCCUGGGAGAAAUAUCUGGAGGAAACGGGGACUCAGGCAGCUCCGGCACGAGCUUUCAAGCCGCGGCCUCCACAUGGAUUCCAGAUCGGGAUGAAGGUAGAAGCUGUUGAUCGGAGGAACCCCAUGCUGAUCCGUGUUACCACCAUAUUGGACACCGAAGACCAUCGGCUGAAGGUUCACUUUGAUGGCUGGAGUUCUGAGUACGACUACUGGGUCGAGACCGACUGUCCAGACCUGCACCCGGUCGGGUGGUGUCAGAAAACCGGACAUCCUCUGCAGUACCCUAACAGCACCAGUGAGACUUUGGCUGCCCCGGGACAAGGAUGUCCCACCCCAGGUUGCAACGGGGUUGGACACAUCAGAGGACCUCGCUAUGGGACACACUACACCCAGGUGAGCUGUCCGUACUCGGACAUAAACCUGAAUAAGGAGGCUUUGGUUCCCGACCGACUCGGCGGAGAACGCCCUCUCACCCUCAGCGGGCCUCAGCCACGGGGACGGCGGCCCGACCCGCCCACAAACAACGUUUCUCAGUCAGCCUUGGUGCCAUCGCCGCUGGAAGGAGCUGCGGACCCCCAGAUCAGGAAACCGGUCUCAGGGGAAGCUGAGCUGUUGGGGUGUAACAACCAGGUGGAGCCACCAGGUGGAGCCAACGAGCCAAGCCACAAUGGAACAAGGCCGAAGCGAAUGGCUCCAGCGCCCAAAUACCUAAAAAUGCACUAUGUGAAGGAGGAGAUGAGUGACAGUAAAGCUUCUCCAGACAGCAUCUCUCUACAGCAGGCCCUCCACGAGUCGGUGUUCUCCCCCGGCAUCUCCGCCUCCCCUCCUCACAGAGUGGCUCUGUGCUGGGACAAACACUGCCAGCUGCUACCUGAGGUCCUGGGGCUGACUGCCAAGAGAGUGGCCACAUGGAGCGCUGAAGAGGUGGCCGGGUUCGUCAGAGGCCUACCAGGCUGUAAAGAACACGCCGCUACUUUUAAAACCGAGCAAAUUGAUGGCGAGGCCUUCCUUCUGCUCACCCAAGCAGACAUCGUAAAGAUCCUGUCAAUCAAACUAGGACCUGCUCUGAAGAUCUACAACUCCAUCCUCAUGCUGAAGAACGCGGACGAGGAGUAAAACCUGGACUCGGAAGAGGAAUCUCCUCCUCUCAGGUCCCUCGGGUCUGUAGAGGCCUCCGCUCAACUUUAGGACCUUUUGAGUCCCACUACUCCUUCCUCCAUGAUGGACGCCACUACUAAAUCUGAGGAAGAGUCUUUCAUCAAAACAUGAAGGUUUAUGUUUGUUUUCUUAAUCAUAAAAAUGUACGGCACCUUCAAGGCUAAUUAAAAAUGUACAGAGUAUGAAUGAAGUGGUGCUUGAGCUCUGAGCUGAUGGAACAAGUGGAACCAUCUAGCUGGAGUUGGACAUUUAUUUGUUUUUAUAAAGCUGCAAAAUACAAUCCUGAGGUGGUGAGAAGCUGUUAAAUGUGAAAUCCGGCGCGGCCGACGCACGGCGAAGUUCAGCUCUGGCGUAGACGGGGAGAGGCGACUGCUCGACAGGCUCGAAGAGCACGAGGUUAAACCCAGAGUGUGACGCUCCGACUCGAGGUGGAUGCUAAACGUGUGUGUGUGUGUGUGUGUGUGUGGUGCAUCUCUGGUCUGAAGGUUUUGGUGUGGCGAGCUGGGCCAAGGGCUAACGGGGAACCGUCUCCUCAGAGGGAGAAAGAACGAGCCGGCUCUUUUUGUUACGACCAACCAAUAUGAAUGUUAAACAACGUGAAGUUGUUUAGUUACAAAUCACCUGUUCUUGGUUUAAAUAAGUGUAAAUAAUAUACAGCUACAAGAGUACUAUUGCUUAGUUAUACACACUAGUGUGUGUACAGGAAGGAUGCUGACGCAGAAUUGAGUCAUUCUAAUUGGGAGGGACACCUGGUUUGUGUUUUUUUGUAAAUAUUGUGUGUUUUGCUGCAAGUCCAGAUGUGUACAUCGGUAACUGUUCAAAAGCAGACAGCUUUAUUUAUGUUUUGUAAAUUAUGGGGUAAUGGUCGGCCUCCGAGGUACCUGUUUGAGAGACGGAGUGAAAAUAAAUGAGAUGCACACUUCUUCCUGUCCUCA